UCUGCAAGUAAGUGUCAAAAUCUUAAGUCAAAAUCGCUCAAAAACAUAAUUCGUAUACCUACUUACUUGUUGUACAAUAAUAUCGUCUAUUCUUACUAUCAACCAACACCACCACCAUCACUACUACUUCUAGCACCACCACCAUCCAUAACUGCAUCAUAAUAAUCUUUGUUUAAUUCCUACAAACAAUCAUUGUUUAAAUGCAGAGAAACUUAUAAGAUUGUUUUGUAGUAUUUUACUCUAUAAAAACAUACGUCACUAUGCCGCACCGUCAACCCAAUCCUGAGCGUCACCCUGUUUAGCAGCUAUUGUAAAUAGUCAUAAUCGUUCAAUAACCAAUAUUAUAUUAUUAUAUUAAUAAAUUACCUGAUAUACCUAUAAAAAUAAUUAUGGAUAAGAAUAAUGGUGAGUCAGAUUCUGUUGCCCGAGGUAAUCUUAGACAACCAACCAGGGUGUUUAAGAAAAGCUCACCGAACGGUAAAAUAACUGUUUAUUUGGGUAAAAGGGAUUUUGUUGAUCACAUUACCAAUGUUGAUCCUAUCGACGGCGUGGUUUUGGUCGAUCCCGAUUACGUCAAAGGAAGAAAGGUAUUUGGCCAUGUUUUAGCCGCUUUUCGAUAUGGCCGUGAAGACUUGGAUGUGCUUGGUUUGACUUUUCGAAAAGAUCUUUAUAUAGCAUCUGAACAAAUAUAUCCUGUUGGAAAUAUACGAACUCCAACUAGGCUACAAGAACGUUUGAUCAAGAAACUUGGUCCAAAUGCUAUACCAUUUUAUUUCGAAUUACCACCACAUUGCCCAGCAUCUGUUACGUUGCAACCAGCUGCGGGUGAUACAGGAAAACCGUGUGGAGUAGACUAUGAGUUCAAAGCAUUUGUUGGCGAUACAGCUGAAGACAAACCUCACAAGAGAAAUUCAAUAAGGCUGGCUAUUAGAAAAAUUAUGUACGCACCCAAAAAAGAGGAAGUGCAACCAUCAGUUGAAGUAUACAAAGAGUUUGUUAUGAGCCCCAACAAAUUAUACUUAGAAGCAUCCUUGGAUAAAGAACUUUAUUACCAUGGGGAAAGUAUAUCAGUAAAUGUCCACAUAGCCAAUAAUUCUAAUCGAACUGUAAAAAAAGUAAAAGUGUUUGUUAGACAAUUUGCUGAUAUAUGUCUGUUUUCCACUGCCCAAUAUAAAUGUACUGUUGCUGAAUUAGAGAGUGAAGACGGUUGUCCUGUUGGUCCUGGUUUCACUUUAUCUAAAGUAUAUACAGUAAAACCUACUUUGCACAAUAACAAAGAUAAACGUGGCUUAGCUUUGGAUGGGCAAUUAAAGCAUGAAGAUACAAAUCUUGCUUCUUCAACAAUAGUGAGCAAUCCUUCACAAAAAGAAAACCUAGGGAUUAUUGUUCAAUAUAAAGUGAAGGUAAAACUUUGCUUGGGCGCUUUAGCAGGUGAGUUGACAGCUGAACUUCCAUUUAUUUUGAUGCACCCUAAGCCUGAAGAGGAAGUACUUCCAAUAGUCAAUAAUAUUGUAAACUCUGGUACAGCAGUUGAUGACAACGGUGUACGUGUUGAUAAUUUGAUUGAAUUAGACGAAGAAAGCCCUGCACCAUCUCAUGAUGAAGAUAUCAUCUUUGAAGAUUUUGCUCGUUUACGACUAAAAGCUGGUAAUGAUUAAUUUAAAUAACCAUGUGAAUCCGGGUGAAUUUAUGAAUUCAUUUAUUAUUCAGUUUUGAGCAUAGGUAAAUAAUACAUAAAUCUACUGGAUGUCUAUCAAAUAGAAUCACAGUAUGUCUAUUCUAAUUGUAUAGACUUAAAUGGAAAUCACGAAUAUUGCUAUAACUGAUAGAAAUUGAUUUCUAUGAUAAUUGAUAAAAGAUACUAUGCAGUUAUAAGAAAUUUUUAACUUUUUGUCGGAACUUUAUGCGCAAUACUGUUAACGUUGAUCUAAUUAUUUAGAGCCCAAGGAUAGUAGGAAUACAAUUUAUCAUUUAAUUCAAUUUUUAAUUUAUUAAAUUUGUUAUUAUAAAGUAUUCAAUACAUCA